AUGUUCCACCAAGUGACAUUGAACGUUCGUGGCGACAAAUAUUACACCAAUACAACGACUCUAAGAAGAUGUCCAGGUGUCAACGAUAGAAGUAUUUUUCUGGGCAUGAGACUUCCCGUUUCGGGAGAAUUGUUCAUCGAUCGGGAUCGUGAAAUGUUUGGAUGCAUCUUCCGAUAUUUGCAGGACGGAAGCACUACUAUCCGAUACGAUGAACGUCGUAUUGCAUUGCUACAGCAGGAGGCUGAGUAUUUUGGCCUCCAUCAUCUCGCUGGAAGACUUCGCACUCUCCAGCCAUUCGAUGGCUAUCUAACCAUUGUUGCGAAUCGCAGCUCCAUCUGA